GUUGACAUCAGCUGAUCAACUAAGCGUGUGUUAUGGUAGAGUUGAAAACAGCUGUUCGACAUGAGAAACUGCCUCACUCUAGUAUACCCCGCUGAAGUACAGUUUCUAGAUGAACGAAGCGAACUUCUGUCAUCCACCAAAUCUGCUCAAGCUUUAAGCGAAACAAAAUCCACACCCCAGAAUCAGUCUACGUCACAAAUAAAAUGGUCAAACGUCAUAGAACCAGUGAUGUUUUUAUACUUGGUGGCAAAGGCACUCUCAGAUACAGUCAUCACAAACCUCCUAGAGAACCGCACCUGUCUCGUGGAGCUGAACCUUCCGGAUCACAACUGCACAGAGCCGAUUUCAGCUACCAUCGAAGACUUGAUACAACCCUCCACAGCUGACGUCAUAAUGGCGAGGGCUCUGGUGGAAUCUUUGAUACCUUCCCUCCUCACCCUGCUUGUAGGACCGUGGAGCGACAUCAACGGGAGAAAGCCUUUCUUAGUAAUAGCACUUGCAGGUCAGAUGAUUUCCUACCUCACCUGGGGGUGUCUCGCCCUCCUCCACGGCAUCAACCCUCCGACGUUCCUGUUCGCCUCGCUGCCGAUUUCCCUGACGGGGGGAAGUCCCAUCAUCUUCCUCUUGGUAUACUGCUACAUCACCGAUAUCACUGACGACCAUAGCCGCCCCUUCAGGUUGUCAUUGUUGACGCUCGCCAUCUUCACCAGUUCCAUCGUGGGGAUCGCAUUUGCUCCUGUGAUCGUAGCUGUGCAGGAUACCCUCAAUCCUUAUCCUCUUGUGUUCUUCAUCAGCACCACCAUCCUCGCUGUCACUGUCAUCUAUACUAUCUUCGUCAUCAGAGAAACCGUCGAUGUCCUUCCAGACAGAGACAGUUGUUUAUUCGAGAUGAGUCAUCUUACCCACAUGGCUGUAGCCUGCUUCUCCAAGCGUGAGGGUAGAGCAAGGUUCAUGAUCCUGGCUAUCAUAGCCUGUCUGUCCAUCAACGUCUUUAUCAAUGAAGGCGAAGGAGCGAUCCUGUAUCUGUCUGCAAGAGAGAUGUUUUCAUGGUCACUUUCCGACUAUACAAUCUUCCUCUGCGUCAACUGCAUUGCUGGUCCUGGGUCCGUGGUAGGAGUAUGGCUGUCUACAUCACUACUCGGUCUCUCUAACAUGCAAGCUGCCUCCGUCACUCUAGCCACUAGAUUGAUUCGCUCACCUGUCAUGGCAUUGGCUACUGCAGGAUGGCACUUCUACUUGGCCAACCUCGUGUGUUUCUUCUCCUGUGCCUACGCCCCCCUGGUCCGGUCCGAGCUGGGGCGACUGGUGCCUAGGGAGGAUCUAGGUAAGAUAUUCGCUUUAACGGCGUUUCUGGAGUCUAUGACCACAGUCCCGGCCACACCCCUAUACACCACUGUAUACACAGCGACAUAUUUGUACGCUCCUGGCAUAGUCUAUUGGUUAUCUGCAGGCUUCACUGUCAUGGCUGUCAUAUUGUUGACGUCAGUGGUGAUAGCUCAGAGGACGGUGAAUGGGGCGUGUUACGUCACAAGAACACAUUCCAACUACGCCAGAAUACACGAGUGAACUUCAAAUAACUCACCUGCAAUCCUAUCUGUGAUAUUAAAGCUUUGUAUAGAUUAGCUAACUUCGAUAAACCUUACUGUAUACGAUUAAUAAUACUCUCAUA